AAGCUUUGCAUUUUCAGGAGUAAACAAAAACAAAAUUUUUUUCCCGUUUCCCGGAAAACAAAAAUACUAGUACACCUGAACUGUGUGUGUGUGUGUGUGUGUGAGAAGAGAGAGAGAGAGAGAGAGAGAGAGAGAGAUUGAGAUACUCCAUGAUUCUAUCUAGAAGCACGCAUCUAUAAAAACAUUCUGUGAGAGAGAGCGAGAGAGCGAUGGCGGAAGAAUCAGAGAAGAGGUUUCACGCAAUCAUGGACAGGCUUUUCCACGCUCCUCACAAACCUAAAUCCAAAUCAAGCCCUACCACUAACGCACAGCCAGAGUCCACUAGCUCGUUCAGAGUUCAGUUGUCAAGAGGUAAAAAACGCCCGAAUGAGGGAUCAGUAUUUGGACAGAAAUCAAGGGGGGAUAUGGUUGAGAGACUACAGAAUUCUUCGGUUUCGGGUGGAUCAGUUCAAACUCCGGUGUGCAGACCGUGGGACCGAGGGGAUCUUAUGAGGAGAUUAGCUACAUUCAAGUCUAUGACAUGGUUUGCUAAACCCCAGGUAGUAAGCGCGGUAAAUUGUGCUAGAAGAGGUUGGGUUAACGUAGAUGUGGACACCAUUGCGUGUGAGGCAUGUGGUGCGCGUAUUUUCUUUUCUACACCAUCAUCUUGGUCCCACCAUCAAGUUGAGAAAGCAGCACUAGUUUUUAGCUUGAAGCUGGAUAAUGGACACAAGCAACUCUGCCCAUGGAUUGACAAUACCUGCGAUGAAAAACUAUCGCAAUUUCCACCUACCCCGGCAGCAGUUUUGGUUGAUGAGUACAAGAAGCGAUUUUCUGUACUCCUUCAGCUUUUAGCUCUUCCUGAGAUUUCAUUCUCGGCCAUCGAUUAUAUGCGAAGCCCUCAGCUAGAGAACUUUCUCAGGGGAUCUUCAGGUGCUGGGGGCAGCAGUUGGUCUCCAGACAUUUCUCAAGCAGAACACCUGGGAAAUGAAAACGGCAGAGAUUCUUCUAUGUCAUAUUAUCAGGCACAAAAAAUCAUAAGUUUAUGCGGAUGGGAAUCUCGUUCGCUACCGUAUAUUGUUGAGUGCAAGGACCAGCAAUAUCAAUCUAGUAAAGAUGCCCAUCCUCCAUAUUUAUCUCAUGGGGUCGCUGAUGGACAUAAUUCUAGCAUAGUUACAUAUUCUUCUAUUGUGGAUGAGACCAUGGAGGCAAAUGAUGAUCCAUCGGCUUCCAACAGAGUGCAGUCUGAUCCCAAUUCUGUUGUUUUAGACUGCAGGCUUUGUGGAGCUAGUGUUGGAUUAUGGACUUUCACAACAGUUCCCCGGCCUUUGGAGUUCUUAAGACUAGUUGGAUGCACAGAAGUCGAUAGUGAACACGAUUCUGCAUGCCAUGAAGAAGCUGUCAAUCGUGGUGAUAUCAGGACUUCUGGAACCCAUGAUUUGAGUAUUGUAAAUGGUGUGCAAAAUAAGGAAGGAACAUUGAAUACCGCCUUUACUAGUGCCACAUCUGCAAGUGGAAAGCGGUUGAAUUUAAGUUUAACAAUUGCUGGGGGCCCUCCGCCAGCAAAACAGAAUUUCAGAGCAACAAUCUCUUUGCCUGUUAUUGGGCGGAAUUUGAGAUCCCGGAUUUCCUCUGAUCCAGAUUUUAGAGAUCGUCUGUGUGCUAAUUAUUCAUUUCAGGGAGGUAAAAGUCACGUGGAGAUGUCGCUAAUGUCAUGUUUGGAUGAGGAUAUCAUUGAGCAGGGCAAUACACUAGCAGACAGAAAUUGUGGCAUAUCAUCUGAGGGAAGUAAAAGUGGUUUACAGGGAUUCCCUGGAACCGAUACACCAGAUUCCAACAAGGAAAAGCAGGUAGAGAGUUCUCCAAAUUGUGUGGAUGGCGACAGCAGAAAGGACAAAAUGCUGGAAAACACUGAAAAUAUUCAAGCAGUGCUGGUUUCUAGUAGUUCUCAUAUCGGGGACUCUUCUGUUUCUACCACAAGUGUCUCUGAGACUAGAAGAGAUGGGGAAAUUGUUGAAAAUGAUGUUUUGAUGACGGUUCAGGCUGGUGCUAGUUCUCUGGAACAGGGUCCUGUAACUGGUACAGUAUGCGGUAGUGUGGUCAAGGCGAGAUUGCAGCCAGUAGAGUAUGCUGUCUUGCCCUGGAGUAUAGGGAAGAAUAAGGAUCAACUACCAUCAGAUAAAGCAAUGGAAUUUGAUCCAAUUAGGCAGCAUAGGCAUUUUUGUCCCUGGAUUGCUUCAACCGGCAAUUCACCUCCAGGAUGGCAAAAAACACUAUCUGCUUUACAGCGCCAGAAGGAGUUUUUUUGCCCUUCAUCCCCUAAUGCUUCAUCGUCUUCCUUGAUUGAGGUGGAUGAUCCUGUUGCCUCAGUCAAAAAGCUAUUCACGCCUCCAUCUGCAAAAAGAACGAAGCUGAAUCCUGGUCCAAGGUGAUCUACCGGAAUUGUUCAAAAUUUGAAGGGUGUCCGAACCGUUUUCAUGCAUGCAUAGAAUGUCAAUUGCGAUGGUCGAAUGCUUGUGCUGAAAGAACACUCAGACCUUUACACCCAUUGGAAAAGCCAUCAAAGUGAAUCUAUCUUUCCUUCUCUUUUGUAUUCUUUUCUUGUGUUUGUAUUUUCCUUCUCUUUUGGAUGAGCAGAGUGUUGUAUCUACUAGUAUAGACGCAUGUGCUGUUUGCAGCCUAUGCACCAUAUGCCUGUGGUUUUCCCUGUAUUCUUCUUAAGCCGGCUUAAACAGUGGAACAAUAUAUUGAGUUUUUGUGAGCAGAAGUAAUAGAAUACAUCGAUCUUGCAUUAA